AUGGCCCCUCCGACACAAAGACGAUACACAAACAACCGAAAGCGACGAGGACCGCGAGAGGUGGGCGGAGCCAAGACAGGCGACGGUCUGACGCGUAUCAUGAAGCGAAUCAGAGACCUGGAGCGGGUGCUCAAGCGGCCGGUUCCUAUGGACGAGCAGAAGCGAAUCGAGCUGGAGCGGGCGGUGGCGGCGUACAAGGUGCAGGCCGAGGACAUUAUUGGCGACCGAAAGAACAAGAAGAACGUUGAAAAGUACCGGAUGAUUAGGUUCUUUGAGCGGCAAAAGGCGUCGCGAAAGGUCAAGCAGGCUCGCAAGCUGGUGGAGCAGGCCGAUUCGGAUGCCAAGAAGAAGGACGCCGAGGCUCUGGUGGUCAAGUACAUGGCCGACCUGGCCUACACGAUCCAUUUCCCCAACGACAUCAAGUACAUUUCUCUGUAUCCCAAUGGUGCUGUGGAUGAGACUGCCGAGUCGUCCAAGCAGCGUGAGAAGAUGCGGGCGGAGUUUGCCGAGCAGAUCAAAAACGGCGAGCUGGACGUGGAUCUCGAGCGGGCCGAGCAGGUUGCCACCACCAAGAAGAGCAAGAAGAAGCGUGAGGCUGGCGCCGAUGAGGAGGUCAAGGGGGACGACGAGGACGACGAGUUUUUGGAAAAGGCCCCCAAGAAGGCCAAGGUUGAGGAGGAGGAGAGUGAUGAUGAUGAAGAAGAUGAAGAAGACGACGACGACGACGACGACAGCGACGACGAUGACUCUGAUGACUCUGGGGAGCCCCAGAUGGAGAUUAAGAGAACUGCUGACGAGAAGCAGACAAAGGAGGAGGAGUCUGACUCCGAGGAGUUUGUCGACGAGUCUGAGGCCGAGUCUGAGGGAAAGCCCGAGUCUGAGGAGAACUCAGAGGACCAGGAUGACGAGUCCGAGUAG